UACAGCUCAUAUACAGAAUCACUCUGAGAGCUGCAGCAGAGACACAUCAGACCUGAGCAUCACACAGACUGAAGAGCGAUCAGAUAAAGCAAAGAGAAUAUGAGAGAAAGUGUUUAUGAAAAUCCAGAGAUUUCAGCAAACAACAGAUCAGCUGACUUAAAGCAGUCAUACAAAGACAUGUUUCUAAAUGAAGAUGUUCCUGAGAUGCGGGUGACCCGUAGCAGAACUAUGACUUCAGGAGGAGGCACAACAUGCAGCAGGUGUCACAAAGUGACUGCAGUGUGUGUGCCUCUGCUGUGUGCUUUCCUGAUGACUGCUGUCACUGUUCUGGGGAUCAAAUUCAACACUAUUAAUAAAGACAAAGAGGAUCUCCAGAAGCUUUCAAAACUUGGAUGGAUGUAUUUCAGCUCAAGUCUUUACUACAUCUCUACUGGGCAGAAGAGCUGGUCUGAGAGCAGACAGGACUGCAGAGAGAGUGGAGCAGACCUGGUGAUCAUAAACAGCAGUGAGGAACAGGAAUUCAUCAGUAAAGUGCUAAGCAGCAGAAAAGCUUGGAUCGGUCUGAAUGACAGAGACGGUGAGGGAGUAUGGAAGUGGGAAGACGAUACACCUCUGAGCACAGGGUAUUGGGGACAAGGAGAACCAAACACUCUAGCAGGAAAUGAAGAUUGUGUUAUAAGUGGUGAAAUGUCUGAUUCUGUGUGGAACUGGGCUGAUUAUCCUUGUGAUCGUGAGUUUAUGUGGAUCUGUGAGAAGACAAUCUUUAACUGAACAGCAGUAAAUUGGAUGUAUAUGUGUAUCUGUGUUGGUGUUGUGUCUGUCACCUGUUUUUCUUUAAAUGACUAUUUUUUCCAUUUAGUUUUGUUUAGGAAAUGCUACAUAUUCAGUGAUGAGUAAGAAGAAUUAAUGAGAUUUAAUCUCAUCAGUCUGCUGUAAAAGUCACUGAGUCACUUUGUACAGUGACGAUUUAAAGUACUUAUUACAUUUGCCUUCCUUUUGGCUUCCUCUCUGUCCUUUUUUUUUUCAUUUUUUUUAAAUCAUGAUAAAUGGUGUGAAAUCACAGUACUACAAGAUCACAGGGAAGGAACAGAAAAAAAAAGAAUAAAGUGAUA